AUGUCUUCGACUCGUUCAUGGAGUGACAAGGAGAACAAAGCAUUCGAAAUGGCUCUGGCGGUUUACGACAAGGAAACACCAGACCGAUGGUACAACGUAGCUCAGGCUAUCGGAGGCAAUAAAACCGCAGAGGAAGUGAAGAAGCACUAUGAUCUCCUCGUGGAAGACCUCAAGCGUAUUGAGUCUGGCCGAGUGCCCGAUCCUCCUUACAAGCAGAGACAUCGUUGGGGAUUAAUCAACUUGAAUCUCAACUUGAGGCUGCCAGGAACUACAAAUGAGAUGGCAAAGUUUAGCAAGAAAAGGAAAGACCAGAGUCGUACAUUGAAGAAAAGUGGCAUUGAUAAGGAAAUCCGACAUCUUGUGAUGAAGGAGAAGUCAAAUUGGGUCAAAGAUUCACAGAUUCAGGCGAUUCAUGUGUGA